GCAGCAGGCAGGAAGGGAGGAGAUGCAGGAGGGAGGAUAAAGCAAUAAAGUGUGCUGCGUUACCACGCACGGGGCGUCCUUGUUGGAACAGCAACGCAGUGUUCCUCUGACCCAGCCGGCCCCCUCCUCGCUUGCACACACUCAGGGAGCCUCGUGCUGCUCCACCGUGGCGGUGGUCCUGACAACAGCUGUUUCAGGAUACCAGGCAAAAAGAGCACGGCGAAAGAGGGCGGUCGCCUAGGGUUUGCAAAGCAAGUCCUGGAUGCCUGGCAUCUAUGCAGGGCACGUGCGCCCCCCGGCUUUAACCUGCGCGCUAACCGGAGCAUGAUCUGUGCCCAGUCCCGGGCUGCCAAGGAAUUGAUGCGCAUACACGUGGUGGGUCAUUAUGCUGCUGCACCUGUGUAGUGUGAAGAAUCUGUACCAGAACAGGUUUUUAGGCCUGGCUGCUAUGGCAUCUCCAUCGAGAAACUCCCAGAGCCGUCGCCGGUGCAAAGAGCCACUCCGCUAUAGCUAUAACCCUGACCAGUUCCACAACAUAGACAUCAGAAAUGGCCCUCAUGAUGGCAUCACCAUACCCCGCUCUACCAGUGACACUGACCUGGUCACCUCAGACAGCCGUUCUACACUCAUGGUCAGCAGCUCCUACUAUUCCAUAGGGCAUUCCCAGGAUCUGGUGAUCCACUGGGACAUCAAGGAGGAAGUGGAUGCUGGAGACUGGAUUGGCAUGUACCUUAUUGAUGAAGUCUUGUCUGAGAACUUUCUGGAUUAUAAGAAUCGUGGCGUCAAUGGUUCUCAUAGAGGCCAGAUCAUCUGGAAGAUUGAUGCCAGCUCUUACUUUGUGGAACCUGAAACUAAGAUCUGCUUCAAAUACUACCAUGGAGUGAGUGGAGCCCUCCGCGCUACCACCCCCAGUGUCACGGUCAAAAACUCAGCAGCUCCUAUUUUUAAAGGUAUUGGCUCUGAGGAGACUGUCCAGGGGCAAGGAAGCCGGAGGCUGAUCAGCUUUUCCCUCUCAGAUUUCCAGGCCAUGGGAUUGAAGAAAGGGAUGUUUUUCAACCCAGACCCUUAUCUGAAGAUUUCCAUUCAGCCUGGGAAACACAGCAUCUUUCCCGCCCUCCCUCACCAUGGACAGGAGAGGAGAUCCACGAUCAUAGGGAACACUGUGAACCCCAUCUGGCAGGCAGAGCAAUUCAGCUUCGUGUCCUUGCCAACUGAUGUGCUGGAAAUUGAAGUGAAAGACAAGUUUGCCAAGAGCCGUCCCAUCAUCAAGCGUUUCUUGGGAAAGCUGUCAAUGCCUGUUCAGAGGCUGCUGGAAAGACACGCCAUAGGGGAUAGGGUGGUCAGCUACACUCUUGGCCGCAGGCUUCCAACUGAUCAUGUGAGUGGACAGCUGCAAUUCCGAUUUGAGAUCACAUCCUCCAUCCAUGCAGAUGACGAGGAGAUUUCCCAGAGUACUGAGCUUGAGUCAGCAGAAAUUCAGGAUAGUGCCAUGAACAAUGUGGUAGAAAGGAGUGGUGGGGAGCCUCCCAGUGAUGCUCCAAAGCCCUGCAAGAGCUUGAAGCCAGAGCCACCAAGUGAGGGGGAUGGAGUGGACAGCUCAGGAAACCAAAGCCUAGAGUAUGCCAGGCCAGUUGAGGAAGCAGCGGACACCAGGGAGGCAGGAGAUGGUGGCAUGUUUUCUGAGGGACCUGAAGAAGCUGGAGAGUUUCAGGAACCAGGGCAACAUGACACCCAGCCCACUCUGAGUGCAGAAGAAUUGGCCGAGGGACUUGACCUGGAUGAGGAGGCACCACCGUUGCUGUUGCUGGAAGACAGUGCGCCUCCAGCCGGCAAAGUGGAGGAGGCAGUAUCAGAAAACGGGGCCAGAGAGGAGGACGAAGAGAUGCAGGAGGAGAAAGGCCAGGACAUGAACGAGGAGGAAGAGGAUUUGUCCACCCUGGAGCAAGGAGAGGAUGGUCUGCAGCUGAGGGCUUCAGUGAAAAGAAAAAGCAGGCCAUGCUCCCUGCCUGUUUCUGAGCUGGAGACCGUGAUCGCGUCUGCCUGUGGGGACCCUGAGACCCCGAGGACACACUACAUCCGCAUCCACACCCUGCUGCACAGCAUGCCCUCAGCUCAGAGAGGGAGCACUACAGAGGAGGAGGAUGGCAUGGAGGAGGAAUCCACCCUCAAGGAGUCUUCCGAAAAAGAUGGGCUCAGCGAGGUGGACACUCUAGCUGCCGACAUGCAGCCCAUGGAAGAGGACGGGGAGAACGAGGGGGCUACUCUACGCCUGGCACCCUCUGGAAGCCCUGAUGGCCACUUCUUGGCCAACGGAAAUGGCGCUGGCCAGGAUGGCGACAUGCACCCCAGCACUGGGAGUGAGAGCGACUCCAGCCCCCGGCAGGGAGCCGACCACAGUUGUGAGGGCUGCGACGGGUCCUGCUGCAGCCCCUCCUGUUACAGCACGUCCUGUUACAGUAGCUCGUGCCAAAGCCCUUCCUGCUACAGCCCCUCUUGCUACAGCAGCAACAACCGCUUUGCCAGCCACACGCGCUUCUCCUCUGUGGACAGCGCUAAGAUCUCUGAAAGCACAGUCUUCUCUUCGCAAGAUGACGAAGAGGAAGAGAACAGUGCGUUCGAGUCGGUACCUGACUCCGUGCAGAGUCCGGAACUAGAUCCCGAGUCCACGAAUGGGACUGGACCUUGGCAGGAUGAACUGGCUGCUCCUGGCGGGAAUAUGGCCGGAACCACGGAAGGUCUGGAGUCCCCCAUGGCAGGUCCGAGCAAUAGGAGAGAAGGUGAAUGCCCUAUACUCCAUAAUUCCCAGCCAGUAAGCCAGCUUCCUUCCUUGAGGCCUGAACAUCAUCACUACCCAACAAUCGAUGAGCCUCUUCCACCAAACUGGGAAGCUCGAAUUGACAGCCACGGGAGGGUCUUUUAUGUGGACCAUAUAAACCGCACAACCACCUGGCAGCGACCAACUGCAGCAGCUACCCCAGAUGGAAUGCGAAGAUCCGGGUCUAUCCAGCAGAUGGAACAGCUUAACAGGCGGUAUCAAAACAUUCAGAGAACCAUCGCAACAGAGAGACCUGAAGAUGAUUCCAGCAGCCAAAGCUGUGAGCAAGUUCCAGCAGGAGGAGGUGGAGGUGGAGGGAGUGACUCAGAGGCAGAGUCUUCUCAAUCAAGCUUAGAUCUGAGGAGAGAGGGGUCACUUUCUCCAGUCAACUCACAAAAAAUCACCUUGCUGCUACAGUCCCCAGCGGUCAAGUUCAUCACCAAUCCUGAAUUCUUCACUGUGUUGCAUGCUAAUUAUAGUGCCUACCGGGUCUUCACAAGCAGUACUUGCUUGAAGCACAUGAUUCUGAAAGUCCGACGAGAUGCUCGAAACUUUGAACGCUACCAGCACAACCGGGACUUGGUGAAUUUCAUCAAUAUGUUUGCAGACACUCGACUGGAACUGCCCCGGGGCUGGGAAAUCAAAACUGACCAGCAGGGAAAGUCUUUCUUUGUGGACCACAACAGUCGAGCUACCACUUUCAUUGAUCCCCGAAUCCCUCUUCAGAAUGGCCGUCUUCCCAGUCAUCUGACCCAUCGACAGCACCUCCAGAGACUCCGGAGUUAUAGUGCUGGAGAGGCCUCAGAAGUCUCUAGAAACAGAGGAGCAUCUUUACUGGCCAGGCCAGGACACAGUCUGGUAGCUGCUAUUCGAAGCCAGCAUCAACAUGAGUCAUUGCCAUUGGCGUAUAAUGACAAAAUUGUGGCAUUUCUUCGCCAGCCGAACAUUUUUGAGAUGCUACAAGAACGUCAGCCAAGCUUAGCAAGAAACCACACACUCAGGGAGAAAAUCCAUUACAUUCGGACAGAGGGCAAUCAUGGGCUUGAGAAGUUGUCCUGUGAUGCAGAUCUAGUCAUUUUGCUGAGUCUCGUUGAAGAAGAGAUUAUGUCCUAUGUACCCCUGCAGGCUUCCUUCCACCCUGGGUAUAGCUUUUCUCCUCGCUGUUCCCCCUGUUCUUCACCUCAGAACUCCCCAGGUUUACAGAGAGCCAGUGCAAGAGCCCCUUCACCAUACCGGAGAGAUUUUGAAGCUAAGCUCCGAAAUUUCUACAGAAAACUGGAAGCCAAAGGAUUUGGUCAGGGUCCGGGUAAAAUUAAGCUCAUUAUUCGUCGAGACCACUUGUUGGAGGGGACCUUCAAUCAGGUGAUGGCCUAUUCCCGAAAGGAGCUCCAGAGAAACAAGCUCUACAUCACCUUUGUUGGAGAAGAGGGCCUGGACUAUAGUGGUCCUUCUAGAGAGUUCUUCUUCCUUUUGUCUCAGGAGCUCUUCAACCCUUACUAUGGACUCUUUGAGUACUCUGCAAAUGAUACGUACACGGUGCAGAUCAGCCCCAUGUCUGCAUUUGUAGAAAAUCAUCUUGAAUGGUUCAGGUUCAGUGGCCGUAUCCUAGGCCUGGCUCUGAUCCAUCAGUAUCUUCUGGAUGCUUUCUUCACAAGGCCCUUCUAUAAGGCACUCCUGAAACUGCCCUGUGAUUUGAGUGACCUAGAAUAUUUGGAUGAGGAAUUCCAUCAGAGCUUACAGUGGAUGAAGGACAAUAACAUCACAGACAUUCUCGACCUCACAUUCACUGUUAAUGAAGAGGUUUUUGGACAGGUAACAGAAAGAGAGUUGAAGUCUGGAGGUGCCAACACCCAGGUGACGGAGAAGAACAAGAAGGAGUACAUUGAGAGGAUGGUGAAGUGGCGGGUGGAGCGUGGUGUGGUGCAGCAGACUGAGGCACUGGUGAGGGGCUUCUAUGAGGUUGUAGACUCGAGGCUGGUCUCGGUGUUCGAUGCUAGGGAACUGGAGCUGGUGAUAGCUGGUACCGCUGAAAUUGACCUGAAUGACUGGCGGAAUAACACUGAGUACCGGGGAGGUUAUCAUGAUGGGCAUCUUGUGAUCCGAUGGUUCUGGGCUGCGGUGGAACGCUUUAAUAAUGAGCAGAGGUUGCGAUUACUUCAGUUUGUCACAGGAACAUCAAGUGUUCCCUACGAAGGCUUCGCAGCCUUGCGAGGAAGCAAUGGGCUUCGGCGUUUCUGCAUAGAGAAAUGGGGGAAAAUAACAUCCCUUCCCAGGGCACACACAUGCUUCAACCGACUGGAUCUCCCACCAUAUCCCUCAUACUCCAUGUUGUAUGAAAAGCUGGUAACAGCAGUGGAAGAAACCAGCACCUUUGGACUUGAGUGAGGACAUGGAACCUUGCCUGACCUUGUCCUGGCCAGUGACAUCACCCUUUCUGGGAUGACUCCUUUUCCCUCCUUUGAUUUUGGUAUUCCAUGGUUUUUAUUUUCAAUGCAAAUCAGGAUUGACAAAAGCUGUGCAUGAAGAACUGCCUUCUUCUAAGAUCUAACCUUCAGGCUUAUCUCUAACUCUGUCUCCAAUGAACUGCUAGCCUGUAUGCAAUACUACAAAACAGCUGUCUUAAGGUCUGUGUAUAUCUCCACAUACCUCCAUUACUAACAGUUAAAUAUGAAUGCAAGUUAUGCUACACUUGACCAAAAGGUGGUAAAUGUUUACUUCCAUUUCUAUCAUUUAAGGGAAAAUUUGAGCUGUAGCCAUUCCAUGCUUUUCUAUGCUCGUGUCUUCUGAGCAGAACUUCCAUUUUCAUAAUUUCCAACAACCGUUUCCAAACCUAGGAGCUUAUCAAUUUUUUAUUUUCCUCUCUCUAUAUAUUUCCCAAGUAUUCUAUUCAUCCAAAGGACAGCAAUGGCAAACCUGAAAUAUUUCUGCAUUCAGCUCAUGAUCCAUAGGUGGCAUCAAUCCCCUCAGCCUGAAUUAGCCUAGAUACAUGGUGCAAAUAUGAAAUGUCCAGCAAUUAGCAAGAGCAAGAAAAUGUAAACAGCACAUCCAGUGGUUGUCAGGACUGUGGGCUCAACUUGAGUUCAGAGAAGUGCAGCCAGAAGAUAAUCCCUAACGAACACUCACCACUCGAGAAGCACUAACUUGUGCACAUGUCUACCAAUGAAAUCUUAAUGGUGUAGUUUGAAGGAUGAGACUUCAACUCUAAUUUUGUUGCAUAGGAAGUGGUAAAGCAAACAGGAAGAAGUAAAGAAUAUAUUACAUUGAUGUCAAUACAUGGGUUCUAUAGUGUUUUCAAUAAAAUUAUAGGUCUCAACACAGGGAAGAAAGUGUAUAGCUCUCAUGGAUUUUUGUUGUUCUUGAAGCCAGGUUUACUUACUUGGUGGUGAGUUUUUUACUUUUGUUUUUAACUUUGAUACUUUUUUUUUCAUUCUUUUUACUUCUGUUUUUUUAAUCAUGACGUUUAAGCUCUAUCACAUCUGAUUGUUCACUGAGACAACACUAAAAAAGAAACUGCAGAUAGUGAUGGUGCUUGUUAGGGAUCAAGGGCAAUAUGAACUUCUCCAUCCACAGCAAUCCUUCAAAGGUACAUUUAUUUGUGGCAAAAAAAAAAUACUCAUUUAUUUUUUAGCACUCAGUAAAAUGACAUCUUAGAAAAUGUGUUUAGAAAAACAAUUACAGGCUCCAAAAACAGCCUGAUAACUUGAUUACAUUUGAGAUAAACCUAACCAUAAUGAUCAUUUGCUAUUUUUGUAACUGUAUUAUCUUGUGUUGUCUGAAGUAUGCCAUAAAUGAAAGUGUUUUUCUUUGCUGGGAACAGAAAGCUAAAGAGACCCAACUAAGUGUCAAACGAUUGUUUUCAAUCUAGUAGAACAAGGGAGAAAUGUGAGACCGUAAGGCAAAAUUAACAUAAGAUGAAUGGCCUGUGGCAAAUUCUUCCAGAGUAUUGUGUUCCUGCACUCUAAAAUAAAAUAUUUCUUCAUAGGAAUUAUUGACGAUGUCAAGGUUGUCAAACAGAAAGUAUGUGUUAUAGAAACUUAGCCUUCUAUUGUUGUCUAAAAAGAACUUUUACUAAGAGUGGAAUUUAAGUUGUAUGAUACACAACUUGAGGGACAAGUACAAUUCAGUUCAUAUUUGAGUAUUUGAGAAGUAACGAAUUCCAACGGAGCUGUUCUUUAUUUCUGAACUCAGAGCAAACAGACUGAAAGUUGCUUUUGCUGAACCUUUAACUCUUUGAGCAGCAUCUUUAGAACGGAUACUCAUUAAUUCGGGUGUUCAACUUUUCUAACACUUAUUUGUCAGAAAUUAAAAAGGAGAAAGUUGUUCAAAUGAUGGGCACUGUUUCUGGAGAGCUUUAAAAUUUACAUAAAUAUGACAAUCUCAUAAUUAGAUUAAUAUUUAUUCUGUCAGUACACAGAAGGAAUUAUCUGAGAAAUUAUAUAUAAGUAAUUUAGAUAUAAUGGCUUUUAGUUCAUUUUAAUUGUCAGUCACCUCUACAUAAAUGUCAAUAAGCAUAACAGCAAUGGCAUUUUUAAAUAUAAUUUUUUAUUCUUUGAGAAUUUCAUACAUGCACAUAAUGUAUUUUGAUCAUAUUCACCCCCACCCUUCCCCUAAGUCCCCCCAGAUCUAAAAUACCCCAGUCCUCACUCUCCUCCCGACUUCAUGUCCUCUUUUUGUUAUAACCCACUGAGUCCUAUUUGUACUGCCCAUUCACUAAUGGGUGGGGGGGCAUUCAUUGAUUCACUGGAGCAUGAUCGACCUACCAGAGGCCACACUCUUAAAGGAAACUGACACUCCAUUCCCCAGUAGCCAUCAACUGUCAAUAGCUCCUCAGUUAGGGGUGAGGACUUAUAAGCCUUCCCCCUCCACAUAGCAAUAGUAUUUUAUAAAAAUUAAAAGUCAUGGGGGCUGGAGAGAUGGCUCAGCAGCUA